AUGACGCUCUCAUCCCUUCUCCGCAUUACUCCCCGCCUGGCACCGACGGCGGCCCGUAGGACCACAAGAGCUGCGUCCUCGGUGUCCGACACGUCGCGGGGCAACAAGACCUUGGAUUCAAUUCUAAUAGCUAACCGUGGGGAGAUUGCACUGCGUGUCGGGCGGACGGCUGCAGAGCAUGGGAUUCGCGUGACGACUCUUUACACUGAUCCUGAUAGCCGCGCGCAACAUGCGCUGAGCACGCCGUUUGCGUUUAAUUUGGGCUCUGUCUCAGCUUACUUGGAUGGCGACCGCAUUAUUGAGAUUGCGAAGAAGGAAGGGUGCCGGGGGAUACAUCCUGGUUAUGGAUUUUUGAGUGAGAACUCUGCCUUUGCCCGAAAGUGCACCGAAGCCGGCAUUGUGUUUAUCGGUCCACCAUGGAAGGCGAUCGAGGACAUGGGUGAUAAGAGUCGAUCUAAGGAAAUUAUGUUGGCUGCAGGUGUUCCCUGCGUCCCAGGUUACCACGGCCAGAACCAAGACCCGGCGUUCCUUGAGGCCGAAGCCGACAAGAUCGAAUAUCCAGUUCUCAUCAAGGCUAUCAAAGGCGGCGGUGGAAAAGGAAUGCGAAUUGCUAGCUCAAAAGCCGAGUUUCAGGGCCAGCUUGAGUCCGCGAAAUCAGAGGCCAGGAACUCCUUUGGAGAUGAUCAUGUCUUGGUGGAGAAGUACAUCACAACCCCCCGGCAUAUCGAGGUUCAAGUCUUUGCGGAUAAGCACGGCAACUCGGUUGCUCUGGGAGAACGUGACUGCAGCAUCCAACGCAGACACCAGAAAAUUCUGGAGGAGUCUCCGGCGCCUCAUCUGCCCGAUGCUACGAGGAAGGAUCUGUGGGCUAAAGCCCGAUCCGCCGCGCUGGCGGUCGGAUAUGAAGGCGCAGGCACCGUCGAAUUCAUAUUCGACAAUGACUCUGGCGAGUUCUACUUUAUGGAGAUGAAUACUCGCCUUCAAGUCGAGCACCCCGUCACGGAGAUGGUCACCGGCCAGGAUCUGGUCCACUGGCAGAUCAUGGUGGCGGAAGGAGCCCCACUACCAUUAACCCAGGAGGAGGUGGAAGAGCGUAUUGCGCGCAGUGGACACGGCAUCGAAGCGCGUAUCUACGCUGAGAAUCCCGAGCUAGGUUUCAUCCCUGACUCGGGGCGGUUGAUCCACGUCCGAACACCCGCUACCACAGAGGACGUCCGUAUUGACGCCGGGUUUGUGGAAGGCGACGAUGUAUCCGCCCACUACGACCCGAUGAUCUCCAAGCUGAUCGUCCGCGGCGAGACCCGCGAGGAAGCGAUCCGCAAACUCGGCGCCGCGCUGGAGCAGUACGAGGUGGCCGGCCCAGUCACCAACAUCGAGUUCCUCAAGACUAUCUGCCGCAGCCCGGAUUUCAUCGCCGGCGCCGUCGAAACCGGCUACAUCGAAAAGCACCGUGAGGAGCUCUUCGCGCCCAAACCCAUUGACGAUGAAGUCCUCGCCCAGGUCGCUUUGGCGUGCCUGCACCGUGACAUGCACUCCGCCGCGCCCAGGCCCUCGGCCGGCCUCGCAGGGACGACGGUCGGAUUCGCACCCAGCUACCAGCAGCGACAGCUGUCAUUUACCUCCUCAACCGGCCCUACCACGGAGGGGCCCCGCUUCACCGUGCGCGUGCAACAGACGAAUGACCAGACAUUCGACGUCGAGGUCGGCUCGCGCGUCUUCUCGCAAGUGACCAGCCGCAUGGAUCCCGUCUCGCGUGUGGUGACCUCGUUCUUCACGCACACACGGCUCGAUACCACCGUCGUCCAGGACGAGGACACAGACACGAUUAUCGCGUUCCAGCGCGGCAUGCAGUACCGACUGGGCAUGCCGCGGGCCAAGUGGAUGGAGAAGGCGCUGGGCAUGAAGGACGUGGCGAAUAGCGUGCUGGCGCCGAUGCCCUGCAAGGUUCUCCGGGUGGAGGUGCAGGCAGGCGAUGUGGUGGACAAGGACCAGCCGCUGGUGGUCAUCGAGAGCAUGAAGAUGGAGACGGUGAUCCGUAGCCCCCACCGGGGCACGGUCGCACGCGUCGUCCAUCAACAAGGAGAUCAAUGCAAAAGCGGAACACCGCUGGUCGAAUUCGCCGAGGAAUCGGAGUUGGCGACGUAA